AUGAGUGAUUAACAAAUCCUAACACAAACAGAAUAAUAAAUUAUUAAUCUUUAACCCUAGAUUAAUACCUUACAACCCAUUCAACCACCAUUACCUAUGGAUAUAGGCACGGGGGUGUUGGGUCGUGUGGGGUUGAUUUCUACUAUAGAGGACCCAUUUUUGAAAUAAAUAAUGAUUUAGCAUUGCUACUAAGAUUAAAUUUUGAACUAUUCCUUUAUGUUGAUAAGGGAGUUGUUGAAUUCUAAUAUAUUUUACAUUAAAGAAAUUGUUAAUAAUUAAAAAACACAUAAUCAAAAUAAAACCAUACAUUAUUCAAAUCAAACCUAAUAACGUUAUUAGAAGAAUCAUUCGGACUUAAUGACUGUCUAAAUCAUAUUCUAGAUUAAGCUAAAAGUAAUAAUUAUCAAAAAUGUAUAUCAAUUAUAUCCGAUGGCUACUUCUUCCCCAAAAUGCUUUAAUAUGCAGGCGAACAUUAUAAAGUUUAAUUCAUCGUUUUCAAUGCUCGCAAGAAGAAAUAUUAUAGAUACGGUCCUUAAUCCCACUAAAAAAAAUACUUUAUUUUUCAAAAGAAUACCUAAAUAAUAUAUAAUUUCAUUUUAAUAUUUAAAAAAUUAAUGUUUAGAGACAAAGUGUUAACCUUGA